GCGGCCGCCAUCUUCGCGCCUGGCCGCAGGGGCUCCUGGGAAGGCGGAGUCUCGGGGCAUCCGCCCGGGGUGCCGGGACCUGAAGUCCCGAAGCGCCCCGGAAGGGCUAGGGGUCCCAGCAUGCCCCGCGGCGCCUCGGGCAGCCUCACGGCUCGCGUCCCGCAGGGACCACAGUUCCCGGCAUGCCCCGGGCGGGCGGAGUCGGGCUCCCGGAACCCUGGUCCCGGCGUGCACUGCUGGCGGACUUCAGGUCCCGGCGUGCGCCGGUCCUGCCCUCGGCCGGCCGCAGUCCUGGGCGCCGCCUCUGGGUAGGGCGGGCGACGAGGCAGCCAAGGCGGAGCUGAUGGCAGCGCUGAGGGCGGGGCGGGGUGCAGGCUGGAGCCUCCAGGGAUGGCGGGCUUUGGCGGGGAUUCGCUGGGGCAGGGGACACUUGUUGACCCGUGACCUCCGGGGUCUGCCGACGUCAGGAACUCCUGACCCCCGGACCCGGGUGACUUAUGGGGCCCCCAGUCUCCGGGCCCGGUUGUCUGUGGGGGUCUCUGAACCUCGGACGUGUCUGACAUCUGAGACCGUGGAUCACUGGGCAUGGCUGACUGCAGGAACCUCAGAUCCCGGGACGCGGGAGGCCUCAGGGUUCCCCGGAACCGAUCGGCGACGGUGGCUAGCAGUGACACUGGGCGCAGGGGGAGCAGUGCUUUUGCUGUUGUGGGGAGGGGGUCGGGGUGCCCCGCCCGUCCUUGCCGCAGUUCCUGGCCCGCCGCCCACCUCUCCUCGGAGCCAGUACAACUUCAUCGCAGACGUGGUGGAGAAGACAGCACCUGCUGUGGUCUAUAUCGAGAUCCUGGGCCGGCACCCUUUCUCCGGCCGUGAAGUCCCUAUCUCAAAUGGCUCAGGAUUCGUGGUGGCAGCUGACGGGCUUAUCGUUACCAACGCCCAUGUGGUGGCUGAUCGGCGCCGAGUUCGAGUGAGACUGCUCAGCGGCGAGACAUACGAGGCCGUGGUCACAGCUGUGGAUCCCGUGGCAGACAUCGCCACUCUGCGGAUUCAGACCACGGAGCCCCUCCCCACGCUGCCUCUGGGACGGUCUGCCGAUGUCCGGCAAGGGGAGUUUGUUGUUGCCAUGGGAAGUCCCUUUGCACUGCAGAACACGAUCACAUCAGGCAUUGUCAGCUCUGCUCAGCGACCAGCCAGAGACCUGGGACUCCCGCAGACCAAUGUGGAAUACAUUCAGACUGAUGCAGCUAUUGAUUUUGGGAACUCUGGAGGUCCCCUGGUUAACCUGGAUGGGGAGGUGAUUGGAGUGAACACCAUGAAGGUCACAGCUGGAAUCUCCUUUGCCAUCCCUUCUGAUCGCCUGCGAGAGUUUCUGCAUCGUGGGGAAAAAAAGAAUUCUUGGUUCGGAAUCAGUGGAUCCCGGCGUCGCUACAUUGGGGUGAUGAUGCUGACUCUGACUCCCAGCAUCCUUGCAGAACUGCAGCUUCGAGAACCAAGCUUUCCUGAUGUUCAGCAUGGUGUACUCAUCCAUAAAGUCAUCCUGGGCUCCCCAGCGCACCGUGCUGGUCUACGGCCUGGUGAUGUGAUCUUGGCUAUUGGGGAGCAGCUGGUACAAAAUGCUGAAGAUGUUUAUGAAGCUGUUCGAACCCAAUCCCAGCUGGCAGUGCGGAUCCGGCGGGGUCCAGAGACAUUGACCUUAUAUGUGACCCCUGAGGUCACAGAAUGAAUGGAUCGGCAAGAGUAUAAGGCUCCUGCUCUGAUUAUUUUUCUUUGCCUUCCUAGCCUGGGCUCCGAGGGCAUCUGGGCAGAGGAUUAAAGUGGGGGCAGGUCCCUCCAACCACCAGCACCAAUCCCUGGGCUCUGAAGAAUCGCAAAAACACUUUUUAUAUAAAAUAAAAUUAUACCUAGCAACA